AUGGCAAACACGAACUCCGGCUUCAGCGAUGACCCAAUGGCCGGCAUGGUCCAUUCCGAGGCUCACUACUUCAACUCGUCGGUAUUGGACUAUCUGUAAAUGCGAACCCACAUCUGACUUUUCAUAUAGCUACAAUCACCAUGGUUAGUAUUGACAAGGCUCGCUACUGCUUCAUAUGCGACGAUACUGACGAGUAGUCUACCACUUCUUGAAGGUAUCCACGAGGAGAUGCUGGUCAGUCUCUCCAUCCCACAGCUGACAUGCGACAUCUGCUGAAAUUCUCUGCCGUGUAGAAAGAUGAAGUUCGCACCAAAUCCUACCGCGAUUCGAUCUACAACAACCGCCACCUGUUCAAGGACAAGGUCGUCCUCGAUGUCGGAUGCGGUACCUCAAUCUUGAGCAUGUACGUAUUGCCCUGAUUUUCUCGCGGAGCCUACGAGCGUCGAGAGUCACAACGAGCAAAGAGAGGGACAAUGUCUGAUACGAAUUACAGGUUUGCGGUGAAGGCCGGCGCCAAGCAUGUCAUUGGUGUUGACAUGUCCACCAUCAUCUACAAGGCCCGUGAGAUCGUCGCUGCGAAUGGAAUGUCGGACAAGAUCACACUGUUGCAGGGCAAGAUGGAGGAGGUCGAGCUACCGUUCCCGGAGGUCGACAUCAUCAUCUCCGAGUGGAUGGGCUACUUCCUCCUAUACGAGAGCAUGCUGGACACUGUCCUCUGGGCUCGCGACCGAUAUCUUCGCAAGGACGGCAAGGGCUUGAUCUUCCCGGACAAGGCUACCAUUUUCAUGGCUGGUAUCGAGGAUGGAGAAUACAAGGAUGAGAAGAUUGGAUGUGGGUAGACGUUGUACACGGCAAGUGGAGAGGAGAUGCUAACGUUGUGGCAGUUUGGGAUAAUGUCUACGGAUUCGACUACACGCCUCUCAAGUUGACCGCCCUCACCGAGCCCCUCGUCGACACUGUUGAGCUCAAGGCCGUCGUCACUGACCCAAGCGCCGUUCUGACACUGGACCUGUACACCUGCACCACCAAGGACUUGAACUUCAGCUUGCCAUACCAACUCACCGUCCGCCGCACUGACUACAUCCACGCUCUCGUCGCCUGGUUCGAUAUCGAAUUCUCCGCCUGCCACAAGCCCGUCCGGUUCAGCACCGGCCCGCACACCAAGUACACACACUGGAAGCAGACCGUCUUCUAUCUCGCCGAUGUACUGACCGCCGAGGAAGGCGAGACCGUACGCGGCAAGCUGAGCUGUCGGCCCAACGACAGGAACCGGAGAGAUCUGGACAUCGCGAUCGACUACAAGCUCGAGACCGAAGACCAAGGUAGAAUUGCGGAUGGGCACUGCGAGUACAAGAUGUGCUAG